ACUUGUUUUACUUGUUAUUCACCAUCACUCAACCCCCUCGCGGUGAUGGUUGUUCUUUGACAGGAUCCGGGCUCGCCUUACCAGACCGUUCCUGGUGUCUUCUCAUCAACGCCUAUCCCCAUCGGGCUGGUCAAUAAUUUUGCCCACCGUAUGAUGGUUCAUGACAGGCCCGCACGAAGCUGACAAGUUUUCCCGUUGCGCGCCCUGACCGAGGCAUUCACCGGCCGCCGUGAUGCUUGAAAAGCCGAAGCCCGACUUAUAGCUGAUCUGACGGCUGAUGCUGUGGGACGUGAGCGACGAGCAUUCGCCGACAGCUACUGCUCCAGUUUGAGCCCAGGUUGCAUCGAAGACGCCCCCUACAGAGUAAUAAAAGGGAGGAACACUCAAGGGUGGCUCAGUCGGGCGCAGAGAUGAGGGCGCCGACGUACUUGAGGCUUCGUUGCCACGCAACAUAAUGCCAGCGCCGAAAAGAGGGCACUGAGAGGAUCGGUAAGUAGGUUUCACACUCCCGUGUGAUUGUGCCGAAGUAGUGAGCAGUUUUCAACUGGGAAUUUUCAGCCGGCCCCUUGGGCUAGUUGUAUUACAAUGGACACGGAGAAUGACCAGGCGCUGUUAAAAGACCAAAAUCGUUGCCCAGUAUCCUAUUCGUUUCUUGCUUUGUACCUUGCCUGACACGCAAUUUUCCAGAUUCUCAUAUCUGUGCCGCUUCUCGCCAGCGCGUGCUGUGAAAAACCCAAAGAGUAUUUUCAUCCACAGGCUAAACGCUUGAUGGGCGUUGAUCAUCUGCGCAGGAACCCGGAAGUCAAUAGGUUGGGACAACCAAGGAUAACAAGGGGAGAGGACUGAGCCAUGACGUGCCGCACCUCUCUCGGGCAGCUCUAGGCGGCCAGACGAGGCGAGACAGGACAUGACAGCCAACCCACUUGGCAUUGGAUUCAACCCGCCUUCCUGGAUGGCGGGCGCCUGUCAGAUGGGACGGGGGCUUGCUCGUCUCGUCGCGAUGCGUUGGCGGGAAGAACCUACGCGGGUAGGGCAGCCUUCCUCUCUAGAUAGCUCCAGGUGUGAUGGGUGGCCUACUUGUAAGGCGCAGCAAGGUGUGUGUGUUGACGUGCAUGUUUUCUGUCCAGUAGUUUUUAGGAACUGCAUGCAGCAAGCCACACCUCACUCGUUCCUGUUCUUCUCGGCGAUGUAUACCCAUGCGAGAAGUAUAUGA